AUCCCCACGCUACCUGCAUCUCCUACCCCAGACUUCUCCCUGACCACCCUGACCUCCCCCUACCCUACCCUACCCUUGCCCUCCACUCUGACGUCCUGCCGUCGCAUACAGCGGCUUCUGCCUCUCUCUCCUCUGCUCUUCUCACUCCUGCUUUCAUCAUCCACCUGA